UGAAACAUGUCCAAUCCAGAAGUUGAUUUUUCGUUCGACAUUCAAAAUAUCUAUCAAUCGCGAGAAUCGUGGUCACCCAUAAUAUUUGUUCAUAAUAUUCCAUGGCAAAUUAAAGUCGGCAAAAAUUUCAACGGCACUAAAUUAUGGCUCGACGUUUAUCUGCACUGCCAAAAGAAGGAUGGGAUCACAAAUUGGUCUUGUGUGGCAUCGGCUUCGAUAAAACUUCUGUCGCAUGACCCAAAUGUGGAAGCAGUUGAAUACCACCUUUUAUCACGAGUUUUUGAUAACGAAACCAGUGCUUUUGGUACACCGUCAUUCAUUGAUUGGUUUAAUUUAAUUGAUGUAAACAAACGUUAUGUGAACAAUGACACGAUAACCCGUGUAGUAUACGGGCGCUAAAUGGAAGUCGCAGGCGCUCUUAUUUGCGCUUUGGAAGAGGAAUGACCGAGAGCGCAAAAUAUUUUGUCGCGCUAUCGAGGAUUUCUCUUUAAACAUUUUCGCAUAAAGACACAGCAACCGAAUAUGAGUUAUGUAUACAGUACAUACAGUCCACAGAGUCGCUCAAUAUCAUAGCACACUAUGCACAUUGUGCAUACUAUUCAUAUUGUGUGCUAUGCUAGUAAGUGACUCUGUCGACUGUAUGUACUGUAUGCAUAACUCAUAUUCUGUUGCUGUGUCUUUAUGCGAAAAUGUUUAAAGAGGAAUCUCCGAUAGCGCGAAUAAGAGUGCCUGCGACUUCAAAUUAGCGCCCGUAUACUACACGGGAAGGCUGAACGUAAAAAUCAAAAUCCACGAUCCAAAUGGUCGCAAUCAAAGUGAGAUGAUUUUUAAAAAUAGUGAAAAGACUGAUUGUUCGUCUAAAUUUGAUGUAACUAUAAAAAAUAUCGAACACUUAACGGCGGUCUAGGGGGAUUCCGCGCGUAUUUAUGUACCAAAAUUUAACUUCAUUCUUAAAAUCUCAUAAAAAUUCAAAUAUCUCACCGUAUCUGACAAUAUCCGUAAGUAUUCACCGAUACCCACCAUGUAGGAUACUUCAAAUUUUGUCGAAUAUUUUGACAUUUUUAGAAUAUGGGUGAAUAUGAGAUAAUAAUGAAUUGUGGUGAAUUUUUGGCGCUGCAGACCUAUUUAUAAUAGGUGAAUUAUUGGGACAGCUUCUAAGCUGUCAUGGUAGUUGUUUGUUACAUGUGUGUAAGUUUUUGCAUUACAAAGCAAAAUUGAAAUGUGCCAUUUGCAAUGGAACGGUUCUGGCGUGAGUAUCAAAACUUCUACGAAUAUAAAAUUCCAAAAAUUAUUAAAGAUAUUUUGGCUGUCUGUGCAAUCGAUAGAGUGUCAUUAAGUAAUUUAAAUGAACAAAGUAUAAAAGAGAUUGAACAAAUAGUUAAUCAGAACAAAUCAAUAUAUUUUUUAGUAUAUAGAAGCUUUCAUAAUAAUUCACCACUUCUUCAUUCCCUGUUCUUGUCAAGUUCAACAUUGUCGGUAUUGCAGUUCAGAAAAUCUCAAAAUAUCUCCCAAAAAACGUAAAGUUGUGUUAACAUCUCUUGAAUUUGUUGAAAUCCCCCGAAUUUGUUCAUAUUUAUUCAUAUUUAAGAGCGCGGAAUCCCCCUAGACGGCGGUUAAAUCGACAAAAUUCAACAUAAAGCAUUCACAAUUAACUUUAACCGUUUGCAAGCAUCAAGAACAUCUCGCCACGACCAUAUCUAUAAACAAUGAAUCAUUGAAUCAAGUGCAUGCAGUUUAUUAUCUAUGGUUGGUGAAUCAUUUACGUGGAAAAUAUUAGUGAAACUCCUUUCGACAAAGGAUGAUGAGAAAUCAAUUGUACAACUUGAAGUGGGUGGUAUGGACAAAUUUAUACUGUGGAAUGAGUUACUUGACCCAGCAAACGAUUUUGUCACGAAUAAAUCCAUUAAACUUGAAGUUUUAUUUAUCGAAACCCCGACACUGAAUUUUGCAAAGAAUUUUCUUCAAAAAAUGAGUUCAAGUACAUCGGUACCAAUUAAACAUAUGCGGUUCACUAUUGAAUUUCCGAAAAUAAGCAAAUUGCAAGUAGAAGGAUUUUAUUCACCGGAAGUAAUGAUUCGUGGCAUCCCGUGGAAGGUACAAGUGUGCAAGUGUUUGAACGAUGACAAACAAACAGUUUUUGUUUUUUUGUACUGCCUAAAACAAGACACAUCUUCGAAAUGGUCUUACGCCGCAUCAUUUUCAACGAAACUAGUGCCGUUUAGUAAGAAUUCAGAGGCACUUGAACGUCAUUAUUUACCAAAUGUAUACGACUGUUUUGGUUACGGUGAUCCAUUGAUUGAAUGGAACGAUUUAUUCGAUGCGAACAAAUGUUAUGUGAAGAAUGACAUGAUCACCUUGGAUAUUGAAAUUGAUGUCGCUGACCCGAAUGCUUCGAAUAAAAGUGAAUUAAUUUUUGCUCAUAUCAACACCGACUCCGAAAAUGAUCGCCAUAAAUACUAUUUAACAAUUAUAAAUAUUCGAUCGCUAGUGGCUGUUAAAUCACCGCAAUUCAUAGUUGCAAAUACACCAUGGCACUUGACUAUUUAUAGGCAUCGAAAUCAAUUCGGUGUCCGUUUGGAUUUUAAAGUAAACCAUGCGCGAGUCAAAUGUUAGUUCGAGUCUUUUCAAACAAAAGAGAACAUUCCGUGGAACAUGUUAAAAGGAAAUACUUUAGGCAAGGCAAUGAUCUUUAUACCGACCAUUUUUUAAAAUGGGAUGAUUUGUUGAAUGCAGAAAAUGAGUUUAUUAACAACAAUUCAAUAACGCUUGAAGUUGAGAUCAUGCCCAUUAAAGAUGAAAUUUGGUUCAGUGAUUUCCAGCCACCAACGGUACCAGCAACAAGAACCUCAAGAUCGGAUUGCGUGAUUUGUUGGGGAAGCAUGGAGGGGAAGAGCGCCUCGACAACAGCGUGUGGCCAUGUAUUUUGUUCACCAUGCAUCACACAAUCACUCAGAAAUCGUCCGAACUGUCCAUUGUGUAGAAAACCUGCCAAAUUGGAAGAUGUGCACCGUAUUUUCUUGCCAUUUCGAAGCAUUUUUCAAUAAUGAUAUUAAAUAUUUUUUUCAUAUGAAUGAAAGCAAUCAAUAUAACAGCUAGCUUAAAAGGGAAUUUUGAAUUUUAAACGAAAUUAAAUUAGCAAUAUUCUUCUUUUUUUCAUCUUAAUUAACUUUUUAGAAAAAAUAAAACAACAUUUCAA